AUUCACAUGGAUCUAAACCGACCCGCUGCCGACCGGAUGAAGAUCACCAGAAUCCAGAUUGGCAAGGUUCAAUCCUCCCCGUCUCCCUUCUCCUUCAAAUGGGAAACAGACUUUAAAACGUUCAGACGCUAACAGAGAGUGUGGUCACUGGUCAGAGCCUUUUCAUACACGCGGUCACACAGACGUUAGUUAAUAGUUCCCCAAUCUAGAAUCGCUUGUAGCUCAUCCACUAGCAUAAGCAUCACAGCAGAGAUAUAUCUCUCUUGUCUCUGUUGUUCUGUGAAUCUGUGUGCGUCUUUCUUUCUGUAGGGAGUGAGUGGGUGGUGCUGUGCGUUUUGGGCAUGGCGAUUGCAGCGGCAGCUGUCGUCGUCCCAUUGGGCAUCCUCUUCUUCGUUUCGGGCCUCGUCGUGAAUAUCGUUCAGGCAAUUUGCUUUGUCCUUGUUCGGCCACUGUCGAAGAAUACGUACAGAAGGAUCAACAGAGUGGUUGCAGAAUUGUUGUGGCUAGAGCUUGUAUGGCUGAUCGAUUGGUGGGCAGGAGUUAAGAUCCAACUAUUUAUAGAUCGUGAAACCUUUCAAUUAAUGGGUAAAGAACAUGCACUUCUCAUAUGCAAUCACAAGAGUGACAUUGAUUGGCUCCUUGGAUGGGUUGUGGCUCAGCGGUCAGGUUGCCUUGGCAGCACAUUAGCUGUAAUGAAGAAAUCAUCAAAGCUCCUUCCGGUCAUAGGUUGGUCAAUGUGGUUUUCUGAGUAUCUUUUUCUGGAAAGAAGCUGGGCCAAGGAUGAAAGCACAUUAAAGUCAGGCCUUCUACGGCUAAAGGACUACCCUCAGCCCUUCUGGUUGGCUCUAUUUGUAGAGGGAACUCGCUUCACGCAGGCAAAGCUUUUAGCUGCUCAGGAGUAUGCAGCCUCAACAGGGUUGCCUGUUCCUAGAAAUGUUUUGAUUCCUCGUACUAAGGGAUUUGUUUCAGCAGUAACUCAUAUGCGCUCAUUUGUUCCAGCGGUUUAUGAUGUAACAGUGGCUAUUCCUAAAAAUUCAACUUCACCUACAAUGCUAAGACUCUUCAAGGGUCAACCUUCUGUGAUGCACGUGCACAUUAAGCGGCAUUUGAUGAAGGACUUGCCUGAAACAGAUGAAGCUGUUGCACAAUGGUGUAGAGAUAUAUUUGUUGCCAAGGAUGCAUUAUUGGAUAAACAUGUAGCUGAGGACACCUUCGGUGAUCAAGAAUUGCAGAAUACUGGUCGGCCAAUAAAGUCUCUUUUGGUUGUUACCUCUUGGGCAUGCCUGCUUAUAUUUGGGGCUCUGAAGUUCCUCCAUUGGUCUUCACUUUUAUACUCGCGGAAGGGUAUUGCAAUAUCGGCAGUCGGUUUGGCCUUUGUCACUUUCCUCAUGCAGAUCUUGAUUCGGUUCUCACAGUCAGAGCGCUCAACCCCUGCCAAGGUUGCUCCAGCGAAGCCCAAGAAUGGGGGAGAGCAUCCGGUAGCCAAACAUCACUAACUCACCUUUUCCUUCCCCAGAGUCGUCGUCCAUACAUUGUCAACUUCAUCAACAGUUGUAAUUUUGAGAAUUUAGUAUACUUGUAAUUGUGUUUGUCUCGCUUGCUUACCUCAGCGUGCUUCCAUUUUAAAAUUCUAAUUAGUAUGUCUUUAUUUAUUUUUAUAUAAUGCACAAUAUGUAUGAAUUUCUAUUCAUUAUUUGCUGUUCAAUUACGGUAAUUCUGUA